GUUCAGUAAGCUAAAUUGAAGGUAGGUGAAUAGUAUAGGGACUAAAUUUGUAGCUUCCUCCUUUACCUUGCUACGUUAUCUUGUACCUACUCUUUAUUUAAGUUCAUCCCUUUCAAGAUAACCCUCAUAAAAAUUCAAUUCAAGAUUUUUCUCAUAAUUCUCUGUGCAAAUCGUAAUUGCUACUGUAUUAUUUUUCUGUAUUUGAUCUCUGAUCGGCGCAGAGAAGCUACUGCGAUCUAAACUGCUGCAUAUGUAAUUCGAUUUGAGAAGAUUCGAAAGGAAAAGAAAAUAAACUACAAGUAUCAGAUUCAAUUUUGAUUUCGUCAAACCCUACUCAGAGUUUAUCCAAUCGUUUGGAUUUGAGCAAAUCAUACCUACGAAUUGAGUAUCAAUUCUCCUUGAUUUGGAUAACAAGUAAUUGUUAUUGUAUAUCUAAACAAAGAUGAUGACCAGACAACCUCACCAAGAUGAUCAACAAUCUAGGGUUUUCUACGAGUUAUCUGCUUUGAUUCUUAACUUACUCCGGCAUCCUCCUACGCCGAUUCAAUUCUCCGACGAGGUGUCUACGUCAACGCGGAGGCAGCCACGUCCGGCUCCCCUAUCGCAGAUAACGCCGGCGGGAUUCGCGUCUUUGUUAUUGGGGAUAUCGUUGGCUUUAAUGUUGUGUGGAUCAAUAACUUUCUUCAUAGGGUUUUUGUUGAUGCCCUGGGUUCUUGGAUUAGUUAUGUUGUUUUACGUAGCUGGAAUUAUUUCGAGUAUAUCCAUGCUUGGUCGUGCCAUUUUCUGCCAUACUCUGUCUCCAUCUUCACCUAGAAAGAGCGUCCCUGCUUGGAAAUUGUUGUGAAACAAGAGAUCCAGCACCAUGAAUGUUGUUUCUGAUUUGAGCCUCUUGAAGUAUAAAUGCAGGAAGGAACUCUGGAUGUUUAAGAAUUAUUUAAAAAGACAUACAAUAUAGGCAUGAAGUUUUUUUUAGCCUUUUUUUUUUUUCGAAUUAGGGUUGUGGGUGUGCAUUCUUUACUUCAAGAAGCAUAUGGUGGUUAUGGAUGAUGUGUGUAAAACAGUAAAAGCUAAAACAUGGUGGUGGUAUUAUGGACUUGUUUCUUACUUGUACUUAUAUUGUUGUUUUUUUUACAAUUGAUCUAUAUUAUACUUUAUACAUACAUUUAUUAUUUCUAAAUCACAUAUCAAUUUAAGAUCCGUUGUUAUAUGUUCUGAAUAGAAUAUAUGUUGUUUAUGGAUAAGAUUGGAUGUGAUAAUUAGUCGUUUCUCUUUGGUUACAUGUGCUGAAACGAGUUUAAUAAGUACGCUUUUUUUUUUUUAUCAAGU